AUGUCUUCAACUGCCGGUACCGCAACCCCAGUGGCUACGAGCUUCGUCCACGCCUUGCGAAGCAACGAAACGCUUUAUCAAGCCUACACGAACGAGUUCGUGUCCAGCUCCGACGACGCACCUCCAAGCUCGGAUGAUGUGACGAAAUUCAUCCAAAGUCAAGGCUAUGAUACCAAUCUAGCUGAUGUGAAUGCCGCUUUGGCAAGCGUUUCCGCCAACGACCUGUCUUUUUGGCAGGGCGACUACAACACCCAAUUCGUCGACGAGGGUUCCACCGGCCCCAGAGUUGUCAUCCAAGCCGGGGUUGUCACAGUUUUGGGGACUCAGAUAAACAAUUACACAUUCAAUAAUUUCACCCUCGCAUGGACGGACAGCACCAACACCAGUAACGGCCAGAUCACCUUCGCCAGCAUGGUCGAUCUCAACCCGCAAAGUGAUCCAACUUCUCCCAAUCUCCGAACAACUCAGGGCCAAGACGAUACCAGCGCUGGAAUCGCAAAUCCAUACAUCGGUCCUCAGUUCCAAGUUUUUUUUGGGCUCAAGGCCGCCAUCAACCUAGCGAUGCCAAUAUCUGGGGUCGCAUGGGGAAAUUCUCAGAACCCACUGCAAUGGGCUGGCACAUACAAGAUUUACACCGUAGACCAGACAAAGCAGGGCUCUGUGACCAAUCUCCAGCAGAGCACCAACUUGGUGACAAUCGAUGCGAGUGGAAACGUCACUGUGAACGGCACCACCAUCAAUCAACCAACCUUCAACAACGACAUGCUAGAGUGGACCUUCGAUGCCGGAAAUCAAUCGAACGCUAUUCAUAAGAUGAGAGAUGCCACCGUUGCUGCCUCUGAUGCGCCCUUUACCGGUGAUCAAUUUGCAGGUCAUUACUGGGCGAAGAGCGAUCCGCAGCCAGCAGCCUACAACUGGUACGGGUACGUUAAUGGGCAAAGUGCCCCGAGUCCCAACAAUACCGCCGGUAGCGGAUCAGCAUCGGCCUCCCCAGGAACUCCGCAGACGGCAGUUCAAGACAUGAACGGCUGGGCUGCUCUAGCGUCGCUCGGGUCUCAAGCCAUGAACAUGUACAUGCAAAUGAAGAUGGGCGAGGCAGUUAUUGAGCUCCUCAAGAAGGGGCUGCCUCUUCUUUGGAGAAGCCUCAAAGCUCUCUUCAGGGGCGUCAGCAACUCGAUUCAGAAAUUUCGAGGCAGUGCUCCUGAGCCGACGGGUGCAGAAACCGAACUAUCGUCAUCUGAGCCUGUCGAGAAUGGUGAGCCUGUCGAAGGAGAACCUGUCGACCCUGCGGAGGGAGGCCCUGGGCCUGACGUGAACAACGAACCGGCUGGCGGCGACCCAGUCAUCGAACCUCCGGUCAUUGAGCCCCCGGCUGAUCCCGUCAACAUUCCGGAAAUUCCGGCAGAGGGGGAGGGACUCAUUCCAAAAAUUGAGACUGGUCUAGUGGAUGCUAUUGAGAGCGGACUCAUUGCCGUUUAG